CCAUGUACAAACACAGAGCUUUCCUUCAUUUAGGCAUCUUUACGGGCAGAAAUCUUGGCAAAAAAAUGCUUUUUCUGGGAUUAAAAAUAAUAUAUAUAGUGUAAUAAAGUUGGUUUUUUGGAGGUAUGACCCACAAGAGAGGCCCCAAAGCUUUGGACAAUUUUGCAAUAUAUGAUUUGAACACAAACUGUUUGAGGAAAAUGGCCAAAGAACCCGGCCAACAGGGACAUCUCUCAGCAUCACAUCUGUCUCUCUCCUCAGUUUGUUUCAUUAGCUCCACAUUCUUGUUUUCUCUCCCGAGAACUUGCAGUUCUUCUCUCUUGGAUUUUGCUUUGCCAUGGACAAGCAUCACCAGCAGCAGCUGCCGGUGGCCAAGAGCUCGCGCCAGCGGUGUAGUGAAUGGGUGUUUCGAGAUGUUCCAAGUGACAUAAUUAUUGACGUAGACGGAGGUACAUUCUCAUUGCACAAGUUCCCUCUUGUCUCACGAAGUGGACGAAUACGGAAGUUGGUCGCAGAACACAGGGACUCAGAUAUAUCCAGGAUUGAGCUUCUUAGCCUACCAGGAGGUGCCAAGUCAUUUGAACUGGCAGCCCAGUUCUGCUACGGCAUCAAUUUUGAGAUCACAGCUGCUAAUGUUGCCCAGCUGUGCUGUGUUUCUGAUUACCUAGAAAUGACUGAAGAGUACUCAAAGAACAACCUUGGGUCUCGAGCUGAAGAAUAUCUUGAGAGUGUUGUAUGCAAGAACCUAGAAAUGUGUGUUGAAGUCCUUCAACAAUGUGAGAACCUACUUCCACUUGCAGAUGAGCUUAACAUCGUCCCUCGAUGUAUCGAUGCUAUAGCCUCCAAAGCUUGUGUGGAGCAAAUUGCUUCAAGUUUCUCACGGUUGGAGUAUAGCAGCUCAGGGAGACUUCACAUGAGCAAGCAGCCAAAAUGUGAAGGAGAUUGGUGGAUUGAAGAUCUUUCAGUACUUCGUAUCGACUUGUAUCAAAGAGUCAUAACCGCAAUAAAAUGCAGAGGAGUCAGGCCAGAAAGUAUUGGGGCGUCGCUUGUAAAUUAUGCAGAAAAGGAGUUAAUCAAGAAGUCCAUCUUAUGGAAUCAAUCCACCCAGCCCACAGUUGAUCCACUAUCAGGUGCAAAUAGCCAAGAAAGACUCGUUGUUGAGACAAUCGUUAGUCUCCUCCCAGUUGAGAAAUUUGCUGUUCCUAUAACCUUUCUUUUUGGCAUGCUACGAAGUGCUGUGAUGCUUGAUUGCUCGGUUUCUUGUCGGCUUGAUCUUGAGAGGAGGAUAGGAUCCCAGUUAGAUAUAGCUACUCUUGAUGAUCUUUUGAUUCCUUCGUUCCGCCAUGCUGGAGAUACAUUGUUCGAUGUCGACACUGUUCACAGAAUAUUGGUAAACUUUUCUCAGCAAGAUGAUAGUGAUGAAGAUAUGGAUGACGAUUCAGUCUUUGAACCUGAUAGUCCUCCUUCGCCCUCCCAAACUGCAUUGUUCAAGGUCUCUAAACUAGUCGAUAGUUACUUGGCUGAGAUUGCUCCUGAUGCAAACCUCAAGCUUAACAUGUUCAUAGCUAUUGCAGAAACUUUACCAGCACAUGCACGCACCAUCCAUGAUGGAUUAUAUCGGGCAAUUGAUAUUUACCUCAAAGCUCAUCAAAGCUUAUCAGAUGCUGAUAAGAGAAAGCUGUGCAAACUGAUUGAUUUUCAGAAACUAUCACAGGAAGCUGGCGCACAUGCUGCACAAAAUGAACGCCUUCCUCUCCAAUCAAUAGUUCAAGUUCUCUAUUAUGAGCAGUUGAGGCUUCGAAACUCCUUGUUUUCUUCCUACCCAGACGAUGAUCCAAAGCCUAUGCACCAGUCAUGGCGGAUCAAUAGUGGAGCUCGAAGUGCCGCGAUGUCUCCCCGUGACAACUAUGCUUCAUUGAGGCGAGAAAACAGGGACUUGAAGCUUGAGCUGGCUAGAAUGCGGAUGAGACUAAACGAUCUGGAGAAAGAUCACGUUUACAUGAAGAGGAAUUUGCAGAGGUCCACUUCUCGAAAACUCAUGAGUUCCUUCUCCAAGAAGAUCAUCAAACUGAAUAUCUUUGGCCAUAGCUCUUCGCGGGAAUCAAGCUCUCCCUCAAAGCAGUCACAAAGGUCCGAGUCUAAGCUAUCGGAAAGAACAUGAUAAGCAUACUUUAUAGGGUUUUGCAGAAAGAUCCAGGGACUGUAGCUGCUGUCUUUUGGCCUUCACAAGACUGGAUUGUGUCUUAGCACAAGGAAGAACACUUUCCAAGGUACAAGAACCAAUUCAGGGCAUACCUAAAUCCAUUGAAACUGGAAGACAUCAGGCCUAGCAAUGUGAUGAGCUGUGGUAACUCUUCGUCAUCCCACUCGUAGCGAUUGGUUCAUUGAACACCUCAAUGCAUCGAUGCAGAUGUUCCACCUUUUGGAUAUUAUUCUGCCUUCUUGAACCUCUCUUUUCUUGUCUUGCGAUUCUUGUCAAAACUCCCAUUUUCUUGUAAUAUAUGUGCAGAGGAACCAAAGGGGGGAGCAUUUAGAACACCCCCACCCCCUCAAUCAUUUUUGUUAUAGGAGGUUUCUGAUCAAACUUUGACAAAUCAUUCGUGUACAAUCGAGGUUAAGUCUUCCGCAAAUGUUGGAAUUUCGUAUUUAUCGAGGACCUCGUGUUUGAACUGAAUAUGGUCGAUGAAUCAUAUCUCUGGAUAUUUCUCCCAGGUUAGGAUAAUUUCAUUACAAGUUACAACUCUUAAAAUGGGUCCUUAAGAAAUUUAGUGUACAAUAACUAAUUAAGAAAACUACAUGAUAAAACAGAAAAGCAACCAAAUUCAUGAAAAAUACAUAAUAAUAUCAUGGACUAGAAGAUAGGAAAAGUAAAAUCAACAAAUCAAGAAAAUCAAUUUCUUGAACAAAUUAAGCAUGCAAGAUGAAGAAUACAGAAGCAAUGUCGAGUUUCUUAAAGAGUUAAAAAAUAAAACACAAAUUGCAUUUUCAACUACCACAAAAAUCAAAAACUCUACUACGACCAAUUAGUAUAAGGUGACGACAGCAGGGCUUUUGACACAAGAAACCUGCUAACUUUUAGGCUGCUGAUUUGGUAUAGAAGCGAACUCCAACAGCCACACCCAGGAUAAUGAGGGGAACCAAGAACUGGAGGAGCUUAAUGAUGAAUCCUGGUCCUGCGUCCUCGUUCUUUUGAGUCUG